AUCGACGCCUCCUACGCAUAAAGUCGGAACACAUUUUUUGAGUAAAAUUGUUUUUUUGUACCAUUAGAACACUAUUGAACAGCAAUACACAAUCCUGAAACCCAAAUUUUAAUAUUUUCUAUAAAUAAUGAGUUUUUGAAUUGAUAAUAGUCGUAACAUUUGAACGCUCCCCCGCAAAUCGUCGCGCUUAUAGUUCCGACGAUGUGCUCCGAUCUAUUGGACCUCAGCCGGCCAAUCAAAGCGCAGUACCGACGUCGUAUGACACGAACUAGCAUGCACAAAGUCUCUCUAAUUUAAAUGUUGAAAAUAAUAUUGAUGUUGUGUUGUUUUUGUUUACUUUUGUUAGUUAGGACGUGUGCAAUUAUAAAUUAGUGAAAUGAGCAACCUACGUUCGUCUAAGAUUUUGAAAUUAGUGUUAGAUAAACCCAAUCCAAACAGCGAAGUAAUAACGGCCGACGAAAAUUUUGGAAAUGAAUCACCGGUGCCACUUGAAGCUGAAGACCAGUGGAAUCUGUACAAGACGAUGUUUGGGCACUCUUUUAAUAAAAGUAGCAGUGAUAUUGACAACAGUUUUGUAACGAGUAUUCACGAGGUAACGUAUAAUACGGAAGCAAAAUCCUCACUGUCGUCUGCUAUGCCAAAUGAAAAAACUAUAAGAUGUAUGGAUUCAGAGCUAUGUGCUGAAGAGUUUUCUCACGAAUCAGCUGAUAUAAUAGAACCUUCUUUAACACCAAUGCCCUCCCCGAAUAAGGAUUUUUUCGAGUACAGUGUGGCCACUUCAACUCCGUUAUUUAGAAACUCAUCUAUUUGUGAUGAUAAUAAUUAUGGUUCAACUAGUAGUGUUAGUAGAGGCAAUACACCACAGCUUAGUAACGCUUCGAGUCAGGAUUCUUCUGUAUGUUCGUCAAAUGAAUGUACACCGUCAGGCAGAGUUGGAAGAAAGCGUCACCGUCGCCGUGAUGAGUGGAAAGACGUAAAAAGAAAAUGUUUAAAAAAUUUAGGGAAAGCCUAUUUAAGCAGAAAUGGAGUUCAAAGAGAUGGAAAGAUUUUGAAACAACCAUGUCCGACUACUUGCCGACUUAAAUGCUUUACAAAAUUUAAUGCACAAGAACGGGAGCGUAUAUUUUGUUCUUUUUGGCAAAUUGGAGAUCACUGUCGGCAAUGGGAUUACAUCGUCAAUCAUACCGAAGUAGGCGACACUAAGUAUCCUUCUACUUCUAGACGUAAGAAAUCCAUUAAGUAUUGCUUGCCUCUUAUUGAACCAAACUCUGACAUUCCUAUUAGAGUGUUUGUCUGCAAAACGAUGUUCCUAAACACACUUUCUGUAGGGGAGAGAACUGUUCAAACAGCAUUGGCAAAAUGGAGUUCAGGUGGUGGGUCUGUUUUUCCUGAUCGGCGUGGUGGUACCAGAACUAUUGUCAUUGACGACGAAAUGAAACAGAGUGUUUUAAGACAUGUCAAAACGUUCCAGCCUAUUGAAUCUCAUUAUGUGCGUAAGGACACUACUAAAAUUUACUUAGAGAGUGACCUAUCAUUUACAAAAAUGUUUUCAUUAUACAAUGAGUGGUGUACGAUUGAAAAUAUAACUAAAAAAGCAAUGACAGUAAGACAGUAUCGAGAUAUCAUAAAUCAAAAUUUGAAUAUAUCAUUUCACAAACCGAAAAAAGACAUCUGCAAUGAGUGCCAUAUAUACAAUACAAACUUAAAUACAAUGACAGAAGAAGAAAAACAAAAACAGGAACUUCACAUGCGAAAUAAGACUAAAGCUAGAGAAGUGAAGGCAAAUGAUAAAAAGGAAGCUUUGGAAAGCAAAGGAAAAAUAGUUACGGCGUGUUUUGAUUUCCAAAAAAUUUUAAACUGUCCCCAUGGCAAUGUCGGUUUAUUUUAUUAUAAAAGAAAACUGUCAAUUUAUAAUUUUACUGUAUUUGAUCUAGCUUGUCAAGAAGGUUAUUGUUACAUGUGGUCCGAGAUUAAUGGCAAACAUGGGGCGUGUGAAGUAGCAAGUUGCUUGUCUAAAUUUAUUGAAACUAAAGUUAGUCAAGGUGCCAAAGAAUUCAGGUUUUGGUCCGAUAACUGUGCCGGCCAAAAUAGAAACCGUAUUGUGUUUGCAUGUUAUACCUAUGUAGCAAAAAAGUAUGGUAUAACGAUAGUUCAUAGGUUUUUAGAGCGCGGGCACACACAAAAUGAAGCCGACUCAGUUCAUGCUUUGAUUGAGAGAAAUGCAAAAAAUAAACUUAUAUAUACUCCUGCACAGUGGUUUGCCUUAGUUAGAUGGUCAAAAGUCAACCCCCCAAAUUAUAAUGUAAUUGAAAUGAGUGUUACAGAUUUUUACAAUUAUAAAAUUUUGCUAGACGGUAGAAAUUGGGCUAAAAAUACUAAAAACCAAAAAAUAUCAUGGAACAAGAUUAGAGAAGUUCAGGUAGUGUCCAACGAACCCUAUAUUUUGAACUAUCGUUAUAAUUUUGAAGAAGAAAAUAACAUUAUGAGUUUAAUAACCAAAAAAAAUUAUUCAUCAAGAAGGAAAAAUAAUAAUUUAUUACAUACAGAAAUUUUAGGUCCAUGUUACUCUGACCAUUUACCUAUUACAUUAGCAAAGUUUAAUGAUUUAUUAAGUCUUUGUCAAGGACGUAUAAUACCUCAAGAGUACCAUAGUUUUUAUCAACAGUUGUCACACAGCGGCAAUGUUGCAGAACAGAACAGUAGUGAUUCCUCUGAAUAACCGUCAAUUACAUCACUGCUAUUCUAUCAUAAAUCUAAAGGUCUAUUAUGUAUAAGAUGAUUCAAUAUCUAAUUUAAUGUAAUUUUCAUUUUAUUUUGAAGAUUUAAAUAUUUUUUGUUUCCUUUAACUUGAUUUAUCAGUCUUAUUUUUAAUUUUUAUUUGUAGUCAUUUUUUAUUUCAUUAAUCUAUCUGUGCUCCAAAGACUCACUGGCCAGUUUUAACUUUAUUAGUAAAGCUAUGUUAUUUUUUUAUUAAACGUUUAUUAUACUGUUCAUGGU